AUAUUCAGUAAGUGAUGGAGCUCAACAUCAACAGCCAUACUGUGCUCUGGUGCAUCGAGUUCAACCCGGAGAGCCUUGAUCAGCACAGCAAAGGGGGCUGACUAUUUAGACCAGCCUCCUUGUUUUGCACCAGAUGUCCCUGGGUGAGCCAGAGUCGCUGCUGAAGGUAGAGCAGAGUGAGCUUUUUUGUUGUCGGGAUGGCCAGGUGGAGUGUGUGGCGCAGCCCCGUGACACUUCCCCUGUCUCGGGUAGAAGCGCUCACAACUACAGGUGUGCGCUACAGCAGCAGCAUGCCGGUGGUCAGACAGGCGUACGCCGAGAGCGGCAGCAUCGUCAGGCCUUUCAGUGAGAUUCCUGGACUGUGGAAGAAUGGGGUUGCCAACUUGUACAAUUUUUGGAAACUGGACGGCUUCAAGAACCUUCACCGCAUCAUGGUGCAGAAUUUCAACACGUUUGGACCAAUUUACAGAGAAAAAAUAGGCUAUUAUGACAGUGUGAAUAUCAUCAAUCCUGAAGAUGCAGCUAUCCUCUUUAAAGCAGAGGGCCAUUAUCCAAAAAGGCUGAAAGUUGAAGCCUGGACAUCCUACAGAGACUAUAGGAACCGCAAAUAUGGAGUUUUGCUGAAGAAUGGAGAGGACUGGAGAUCAAACCGUGUGAUCCUCAACAAGGAGGUGAUUUCCCCAAAGGUUCUGGAGAACUUUGUGCCUUUGCUGGAAGAAGUGGGCGAGGAUUUUGUGGCCAGAGUUCACAAAAAGAUACAAAGAAGCGGCCAGAACAAAUGGACCACUGAUCUUUCUCAAGAACUCUUUAAAUACGCACUGGAGUGUAAGACUUACAACUGUAUUAUGUACUUCACUCACUGUCUCGGCCAGUGCCCUUUUACUUUCUCACACGUUGCUUGUCUUUGUCUCAUGUGUCCUCGGUCUUACACAGCCGUGAGCUCAGUGCUGUACGGGGAGCGUUUGGGUUUGAUGCUUGACUACAUUGACCCUGAAGCUCAGCAUUUCAUUGACUGCAUCACCCUCAUGUUCAAGACUACCUCACCCAUGCUGUACAUACCUCCUCGGCUGUUGAGACACAUUGGAGCGAAAGUUUGGCGGGACCAUGUGGAGGCUUGGGAUGGGAUCUUCAGUCAAGCGGACCGCUGCAUCCAAAACAUCUACAGGAAGUUGCGUCAGGAGACUGACUCUCCAAAGAAGUACCCUGGAGUCUUGGCUAGCCUGCUCAUGCUGGACAAGCUGUCCAUUGAAGAUAUCAAGGCCAGCGUGACUGAGCUUAUGGCUGGAGGAGUAGAUACAACAUCUAUAACGCUGCUGUGGACAUUGUAUGAACUAGCCCGGCACCCUAACCUCCAGGAGGAGCUGAGGGCGGAGGUCGCUGCAGCUCGGGCUGAAAGCCAGGGAGACAUGAUGGAGAUGCUGAAACGGAUUCCGUUGGUCAAAGGAGCUUUGAAGGAAACACUGAGGUUACACCCGGUUGCUGUCAGCUUGCAAAGAUACAUAGCAGAGGAUAUCAUUAUUCAAAACUACCACAUCCCAGCUGGGACUCUGGUCCAGUUGGGCCUGUAUGCGAUGGGCAGAGACCCCAAAGUGUUUUUCCGUCCGGAGCAGUAUCAGCCUUCCCGCUGGCUGAGGACAGAGACGCACUACUUCAGGAGCCUGGGCUUCGGCUUCGGCCCCCGUCAGUGUCUAGGACGCAGGAUAGCCGAGGCGGAGAUGCAAAUCUUCCUUAUCCACAUGCUUGAGAACUUCAGAGUGGAGAAACAGCGUCAUGUGGAGGCGCAGAGUACCUUCGAGCUCAUACUCUUACCAGACAAGCCGAUAAUAUUGACUCUGAAGCCUCUGGAUGCUGGUCGGUAACACCAAAUUUGAGAGAGAAUUGUGGUGUAUGAUAAUGUGAUUGUAGAGUACCACUAAAUAAAAUCUGAUCAGAUGUUGAUGUAGAGUAAAAUAAAUAAUGAGGAAAGAAAUGGCUAAAAAUGUGCAUGAAGACAUUACCUCAGUUAAUCCAUACCUAGUAUUAAAGAAAAGAUACGUACUGUUUAUUACUUAGUGAGUAAUAACAGAGAUGUUUAGCCCAUUUGUGUUCAAUAUAUUGAAAAAACUGGAAUGUACAGAACCUUUAUUCCAAGUGCAAAAAUAUUGUAAAAUCUGUAUAAACCAGUGAUAAAUAAAA